GUCACAAUUAAGUUGCCUCCCUUAGCAAUCACCAAAACCGAAAGAUGUUCCAGACAUUUCGCAAUUUUCUGGUUUGAUGGUGUGAAACGUAAUUCAGUCAACACUGAAAUGGCGGGCUGUCUGCCUCAACACCAGAAGAAGUCUCAAUUGAACGCCGAGUCGAUGUCAGAGGUUGACAGCUUGAAUACGGGGCCCCAGGAUGUGGUGGAUAAAAUAUUUGGCGAUUACACUCGCGACUUAUGGGAGGUGUUCAAACGGUAUGACCUUGGAGAAAACAAGCUGCCCAUCUCCAUCCUCAGACGUGCCUUCUGUGAGCUGAACCUUUACCCUUCGCACUCUCAAGUUCUCGAGAUGGUGCACUGUGCCGUGGAGUAUGGCAGUCCCUGCGUUCCUGAUCACAUCACAUUUGGGGAGUUCUGUGUUCUGGUCGAUGAGCUUCAAUAUCACUAUGAGAAAGGCACUACUCUCCCGCAACCAAAGUCCAUUUUGAAAAACAAACCAGAUGCAUAUGAGAUAAGAAGAAAAAGAAAAGAGAGUUUACAGGCUUCUUUCCAAGUGUUUCUGGGUGGAUCAUGUGCUGGAGCAACAUGGCGCCAGGAGAAGGCCAUCCCUUAUCUCAAACUUCAAUCCGUGACUUUCUAUAACCCUCAAGUAAACAGCUGGAGACCAGAGCUGAUUGAGUUAGAGGACAGGGCGAAACAGGCCGCGCAGCUUCUGUUCUUCAUGAUUGACAACCAGACCAGGGCAGUGGUGUCCAUGGUGGAAGUGGCGUAUCUAGUCGGUUCCCGUCGCCAGGUGGUGCUGGUGUAUGACGACUCGUGGGAGAAAGUGGUGCUUGAUGGAGAAAGUCCCUCAUCACGAGAACUGGGGGACAUUGUUCGAGCUCGGACAGUUUUGAUGGAUAUCGUUGAGAGAAAUGCAAUACCUGUUUUCACAAACAUUCACAAAGCUCUGCAGUGCACAGCCACGGGGCUCAUUCAGAAUAUGCGGGUCCAAGAUUUAGAACUAAACCAUGGAGCACAGCCAGUCAAAUUCGGCCACACACAAGUUGGGGCCGCUCUGCUGAAACUGAGAGAGACUUUUAAUUCCAUCACUGGUAACGUCGGGGGAAAGAUGACCAAAGAAGAUGUCAAGCUGGGCUACAAAUGCUAUUCCGGGCUGGAACUGGACAUCAAGUGGCUCUAUCAGCAGCGUCCAGUCCAUGACGCCUUCUCCUUCGAGGAAUUCUGUUGUAUAGUUACAGAGACGAAGAGAAAGAAGCCACCCCUAUUCUCCAGCUUGCUUACAAGGAUGCUGUCCCCAGUUUACUGGGUUCUCAAUCGCUACCGCCCCGAGGUGUACGAGGAAGGCACGGAGGAGGCGCGUGACGUGUACCUGGGGGGAAGCUGUGGGGAGUCCAACUGGCGUGAGGAGAUUGCAGUCCCAAUGUUGAAACGCAACGGAAUGUCCUAUCAGGACCCACACGUGUCGGAGUGGGUGGCGAGACUCAUCCCCAUGCAGGUGGCGCUGCGAGAGCGAUGCCGUCUGCUCCUGUACGUCUUCACACGGAACACACGAGGCCUGGCAGCCAUGGUGGAGGCUGGCUACUACAUCGGGCUGGGCUGCCGCGUGGUGCUGUGUAUUCAGAAGAUGAAGGAUGCCACAGUUAUUGCUGGGGAAGAGCUGACAAAGGGAGCGCUGUCUGACUACAAUCGCGGAAGGAUGUACCUGAGUGACAUGGCCAGCCGAGAAGGAGUUCCUGUGUUUGACAACAUCGAGGACUCAGUGCAGUGUGCCAUAACCCAGCUGCAGAACACGACAUAGUUCCCGAGGGUUGCAUCAAUGUUACCAUAGGUCAGGGAUCAAAAUGUGGAGACAACUAUUUGGAUGUUGUCGACAAGAAUGUCGAGAUAUUUAGCUAAUGCAGCAUCUCUGUGCAACAUGUAUUAAACCACAUGCUUACCUUGCAUCCCUGUGCUUGAAGUAGCAUUCAGUCUACCACACCACCCAACUACCACACCACCCAACUACCACACCCACCCAACUACCACACCACCCAACUACCACACCACCCAACUACCACACCCACCCAACCCCUCCCUAACCACAACCCAGCUAAUUCCGAUCACCUUUACACACAUACAUGGUCUAAUCAUUGUUCAUUAUACACAUGCUUGGUCUAAUCAUUGUUCAUUAUACACAUGCAUGGUCUAAUCAUUGUUCACACAUGCAUUGUCUAAGCAUGUUUCAUCAUACACAUGCAUGGUCUAAUUGUUGUUGAUUAUAUACAUGCAUGGUCUAAUCGUUGUUCAUUAUACAAAUGCAUGGUCUAUCAUUUUAUGAUUAUACACAUGAAUGAUCUAAACGUUAUUCAUCAUAUACAUGCAUGGUCUAAUCAUUGUUGAUUAUACACAUGCAUGGUCUAAUCAUUGUUCACAUAUGCAUGGUCUAAUCAUUGUUCAUUAUAAACAUGCAUGGUCUAAUCGUUGUUCAUUAUACACAUGAAUUGUCUAAAUAUUUUUCAUUAUACACAUGAAUGAUCUUAUUGUUGUUCAUCAUACACAUGCAUGGUCUAAUCAUUGUUGAUUGUACACAUACAUGGUCUAAUCAUUGUUCAAAUAUGCAUGGUCUUAUCAUUGUUUAUUAUAAACAUGCAUGGUCUAAUCUUGUUCAUUAUACACAUGAAUUGUCUAAAUAUUUUUCAUUAUACACAUGAAUGAUCUAAUCGUUGUUCAUCAUACACAUGCAUGGUCUAAUCAUUGUUGAUUGUAGCCUGUUGUUAGAGAUCACUGGUGAGUGGAUGUGUAUGUUGUAUGACAUGUGAACUGAUCUGUAUCCAGGCUUACACGGUGCAAACAGAGACAGCAGCAUUGUCACUGCUCAAGUCUCGUCACAUCGUGUAGCCUGGCUCUGAGCCUUGACAUCUGUAUGCUGUGAUAUUAGGACUGUAUUUUCGUAGUACUAUUUCUGUACAACUGUAUUUCUGAAUCCACGAUUAUCCAGUGUAUCAAGUUUCCAUUCCAUUAUGAUAAAUACCCUGGGCUGUCCAUAGUUUCGCCUUAGGUCUGGUUCAAGCUGCAUUAUCAGUUAUAGCAGUUAUAUACAAUGAUACCCUAACCUGAGCCACAGGAGUAAAGUCCUCAUUAGCCCCAGGGCGGUCGGGUAGCCUAGUGGUUAAAGCGUUUGCUCGUCACGCCGAAGACCCGGGUUCAAUUCCCGACAUGGGUACAAUGUGUGAAGCCCAUUUCUGGUGUCCCCCGACAUGAUAUUGCUGGAAUAUUGCUAAAAGCGGCGUAAAACCAUACUCACUCACUCAUUAGCCCCAUGUAUACUCAUCACCAAAAGAAACCUGAACCAUAGAAACAUAUAGAGAAGUGUGUACGUUAAGAAGAGACACUUCCAAAUUGUUGUCUGUUGUGUAGCAUCUAAAAUACCCCUGAGAAUCCCUUCCACUGUCGUAAAACUUAAGUAAAUAUUUUUUCCAGCUAAAAGUUUAGUUUUAUAAAAUAUUGUAUUUCUUUGUAAAUUUUUACUUUAAAUAUAUAGGGCACACCAGUUGAUUGUAGACCUAUGAUGAACUUUCAUUGAGAAGAUCAGUUUGUCGAUUCUGUGGCAAAAGAGAAAUCAUCACCCUGAAACGAAGCUAUGCCGCGGUGGGUCCAUUAUCGAUGGAGAAUAAAUGAUAAAAUGGAGAUAUAAUACCCUGGAUAGUAGAGGAUGGUAUUUCUGUUUCUGUAUUACUGUAUUACGGUACUUUCCUGUUGUAUUGUUUACAUACUGUGUGUACCUGGAAGUAUUUCUUUAAGUUUGUGUCAGUUGUGUUUAAGAUUAAUUUUGACAUUUUUUUAUUUUAUAUUUUUAUUGUGAAACAAAUAUAUUUUGGAUAUUCUGUCUUGUCAUUGUGUUGUGGGUUUACCUACCUUUAAAUGAAUUUUGGGUUUGGUUUGCUUGUUGCAUUGAAGACCAUGGUAGCUCACCUUGUGCAAUGGUUCAGGUGAGCUAUUGAUGUAUUUUGUCUGUUAUUUAGGGACUGGUCAUUUAUUAACAGGGAGGUGGGGGGAUGAGUCAGAGGGAAUCGGGAGGGUCACACAAAAAUAUGACAGUCUCUAGGGGGAGGGUCAUACAAAAUAUACUCAUAUUUAGGGAGGGUCUUGAAAAAAGUGGACAUAUAUAAAUUAUAAAGUGCUUUUGCAUUUGUCUUUUCUGGGGGGGGUCAUGAAAAAAAUGUACAAAAACGACAUGGGAAGGGUCAUUAAAAAAUAUGACAAGCUUUAGGGGAGGGUGAUUUUUUUCAGUACAUUAAAAACCUCUGACCCACCACCCCCAUUGUAAUAAAUGACAGGUCCCUAAUGCCUGGUUCACAUUUUCAACAUGUGCUCCGAAACCACAUGGCAUAUGAUCCUAUCCAAUCCUAGCAAUGGUGUCUCACAGAAUUUGAGAUAAAGGUCAUAUCAAAAAUGUAAUUUAUGCUCAUCCACAUCUGAUUAUAACAAUGUAUUAAUAAUAUACAAGGAUAUAUGUUCUCAUAUUAUUGUUGAUAUCUAUCUGCUUUACAUUCAGAUUUACUUUUUUCAACCUUACAAAACCCUCCUCAAACAAUCUAUCACCAAGGAAUGAAAUAUGGCAUUGUACAACAUGGUUAUAAGAAACAUGGAUAUUAUGUUCUAUUAUAGCUAAAAUGGAUAGAAUGAUCAUUAAACCGCCCACAUGUUAUCAGAAAUGAGCGGGCCACUGUUACUUGAUAAUGCCCUCAUAUUGCUUGGCCAUUAUCACGCCCGUUGUUAGGUGACG